CUCUGCUCACAUCCAGGCGAUCUCACGAGAGCUGUGUCGUCGUUGGAUCGGUAGGACCUAAAAGGAAAGCGCGCUGAGAGAGAGAGAGAGAGAGAGAGAGAGAGAGAGAGAGAGAUGGCCGGUGGCGCCUUUGUGGUGAACGAUGGCCCCGCCCCGGACUACGGCGGACGGCUGACGCUGUCGGUGCUCAUGACCUGCUUCGUGGCCGCCUCCGGUGGCCUCAUCUUCGGCUAUGACAUCGGCAUCUCAGGCGGCGUGUCGCAAAUGGAGCCGUUCCUGCGGCGGUUCUUCCCGCACGUCCUGGAGAAGAUGGCGGUGGCGAAGCACAACGACUACUGCCUCUACGACAGCCAGGCGCUCACGGCCUUCACGUCGUCGCUGUACGUCGCCGGCCUGCUGGCGUCGCUCGUGGCUAGCCGCGUCACCAAGGCCAUAGGGCGGCAGCGCGUCAUGCUCGUGGGCGGGGCGCUCUUCUUCGCCGGCGGCGCCAUCACCGGCGCGGCUAUGAACAUCGCCAUGCUCAUCAUUGGGCGCAUGCUGCUCGGCUUCGGCGUCGGCUUCACCAACCAGGCGACUCCUGUGUUCCUGUCCGAGAUGGCCCCGACGCAGUGGCGCGGCUCCCUUACCGCCGGCUUCCAGAUCUUCCUCGCCCUCGGCGUCCUCAUCGCCAACCUCACAAACUACGCCACCGCGCGCAUCUCCUGGGGCUGGCGCCUCUCCCUGGGCCUCGCCGGCGCGCCGGCUGUGAUCAUCUUCCUGGGCGCCCUCUUCCUCACGGACACCCCCAGCAGCCUCGUCAUGCGCGGCAAGGCCGACGAGGCCCGCGCCGCGCUCGUCCGGGUGCGCGGGGCGGGCGCCGACGUGGACGCGGAGUUCCAGGACAUCGUGCGCGCCGUGGAGGUCGCGCGCGAGAGCGAGGAAGGCGCGUUCCACCGGAUGGCGACGAGGCGCGAGUACCGCCCUCACCUGGUGCUCGCCGUGGCCGUGCCCAUGUUCUUCCAGCUCACCGGCGUCAUCGUGCUCUCCUUCUUCGCGCCGCUGGUGUUCCGCACCGCCGGGUUCGGCAGCAACGCCGCGCUGAUGGGCGCCGUCAUUCUCGGCGGCGUGAACCUGGGGGCGCUCAUGCUCUCCACCCUCGUCAUCGACCGGUACGGCCGCAGGGUGAUGUUCAUGGUCGGCGGCAUCCAGAUGAUCGUUGCCCAGGUUGCGAUGGCAUGGAUCAUGGGCGCGCAGGUGGGGAAGAGCGGCGACGCGCCGAUGGCGAGGCCGUACGGGGUUGCGAUCCUGGUGUUCACGUGCAUGCACGCCGCCGGGUUCGGGUGGUCGUGGGGGCCGCUGGGGUGGGUGGUGCCGGGCGAGAUAUUCCCGGUGGACAUCCGGUCGGCGGGGCAGGCCAUGAACGUGUCCAUCGGCCUCGGCCUGACGUUCGUGCAGACGCAGUCGUUCCUCCCCAUGCUCUGCAGCUUCAAGUAUGCCACGUUCGCCUACUACGCCGGCUGGGUCGCCGUCAUGACCGUCUUCAUCGCGCUGUUCCUGCCGGAGACCAAGGGCGUGCCGCUCGAGUCCAUGGGCACCGUCUGGGUCAAGCACUGGUACUGGAAGCGCUUCGUGCAGCCGCAAGCAAAAAUCGCGGACUCACUCACCUAGUUAACUGGGCCCCGUCAAGUCUGUUCGCUAUGUAAACCAAACGAACUCCUCGUUGACUCCUAUACGCAUCAGUUGACCCCACAACUUUUAACAAUCUGUCUUUAGUUAUAUACUCCCUCUAUUUCUAAAUAUAAGUGUUUCUAGAGAUUUCACUAUGGAUCACAUACAAAUAUAUAGAUGCAUUUCAGAGCGUAGAUUCAUUCAUUUUGAUUCAUAUGCAGUGCAUAAUGAAAUCUCUAUAAAGACUUGUAUUUAAAAAUGGAGGUAGUAUAUAUUUGAGCAAACUUUUGACAAAAUUUGAAGAGUUUGUGUCAAUUGACC